UAACAGAACUGGAACUGGAUCGAACAUGGAAAGCGCCACUGGCAAGCCUCCUGCCAGGUUUACCUGUUAUUUUUGCAACGAAACCAUCCAGAACGAAACCGAAAUGGGCCAUACAGCCACCUGCAGUCGAGUGCUCGUCCCGUGUCCGAAUAACUGCGGAGUCUUCAUUCCGAGAAUCGACUUGAAAAGGCACACCAAAAACUGCAUAAACAAAGUCGUCAAAUCCUCUCAAAUACCGACGAAAUCCCAAUACACCGACACCAUCACCAGCAAGACCAUCCACUCCAAUAUCCAAGACACGAACGAUCGAUUUCCAGGCAACAACGGCGCCUCCAGAACCUACCUCAAAGACGAAUUAACCAAGCUCUCCAGGAAAAUCGCCGAGAUAGAAACGCGACUGCAAUUCCACCAGAAACAAACCCAACAAUCCGCUUCGCAGUACGACCUCCAAACGCUCAAAGUCGACCAACUCCAGCUCAGAUCCGAUUCGGAGAAACUGCGGUACCAAUUCCAAGGCAUCCAGAACUGGAAAACGACCAUCGACGGCGUGCUAGCGCAGCUGAACAGGAGCCUCGCGAUGGCCGAGCAAUCCCAGCAAUCCACCAUCGACGGUUUGAGCGCCCUGCAGGGCAGGCUUUCGAUCGUGGACCGGCUGCAGGAGGAGCUCGGCCUGCAGCGGGACAGCUUCAGGCGCGAGCAGGCCUACAACAGGCAGGUCGAGAUGAACGCCUGGGAGGCCGUGGAGGAUCUGAAGAAGCAAUUCGCGCAGGAGACUGCGAAGAAUCUGGCGAUUCUCGCCGAUUUGAAAGACGGCGUUGCUGGCGUGAAGCUGGGAUUGGAGGAGGCUUCGGUGAAAUUGGAGGACCACGGGAUUAGGUUUACUAAUGUGAACUUUGAUUUGCGUGGUGUUAGCAAAAUGGCGGGAGAUUGUGGUGAGAAAAUACGCGGGAUGGAAGAGGAGCUUCUGGUUGCUAAGAAGGAUUUGGAUCAGAUGAAAUUGGACGUGGAAAUCCUCGAGGGAUUGGCCAGUUCCGCUGAUAUGAGGUCUACUCCUGGUAGUUUGAUGUGGAAGAUAGGAGAAGUGGAUAGUUGUAUGACUAAAGCAAAAGAAACUGGGAUUGUCCUUAAAAGUCCAGUGUUUUAUACUCACGAAUAUGGAUACAAAAUUAGGGUUUUGUUGUAUUUGAAUGGAUUAAAUAAAUGGAAAGACAGGUACGCCCUUUUAUCGCUGCAUGUGAUAAAGGGAGAGUACGAUUUACUAUUGAAAUGGCCCUGUCAUAUAGAAGGUACUAUAACUUUGAAGGACCUCAACGAUGUGGACUCGACAAAGUUGUUUACGAAAACUAUAACAGCGAAGCGAAAAAUGGGUGAUGAAGAGUGCGAGGAUCCUCAAGAAUCGUCUUCUUGCUACAUUUUCAUACCUCAUACUACUUUGUUUAAAGGGAAAUUCAUUAAAAAUGACACGAUGUUCAUCGACGUUAAAAUCCGACAAAUUCAGAAAUUGGAAACCAGUUUUUAAUUCAUCGAAUUCGCUCUAUUUCGAAUGCACUAAUGUAAAUAUGUAUUUAUUUAUAACAAAUAAUAAAAGCAAAGAGAAGGGACACAACAAAUAAAUUAUUAAAUUGUUUAUUCAUACUUUACAAUCAUUUACAAACUGAUUCAAAACCAGUAAAUUAUUUCAGUCGUUUGCACGUUGCGUCGGUACAAAAAAAAUAAUAGGUUAACGAAUUAUUUUACUGCGAUAUUACAACUAAGAGAUAACUAAUUACAAAUAUUUUGUACAAAAAUGAAUAGCUCGGUGUUCAGACAUUAAGAUUUUGUUUUUUUUUAUGUACAGAACGGUCGCGGUUACUAAAAUUUAUACAAUUUAUAAACAACGUGGAAAAUCUUAAUGGCUGAACUGGAUGUGGAAUUUUACAAAGAAAUAGAAACUGUUAGUAAAAUGUAUGGCUAAGAAUGGCGGGCUACCUAUGUGAGCAUUUUUCAUGCAGUAUGAGAAAUUCUGGUUUCGCUCAAAGUACUGGUAAGAGUUCAAAAAGGUUUUCUUUCUAUUUUAUUAGCAGGAUGUUUGUGAAGUGUGGACGAAAGAAGAAUUUUUCUUACUGCAUUUUCACAGAUUUUUUCUUAAAAUAUCGGUUUUAUAUACAAGAAAAACAUACAUGUAGUAUUAAAAAAUUGCAAUGUAAAAGAAAUUUUUGUAAAUCGAUAAUAUUUUCGAAAAAAAAUAAUAAAAUUUUCAAAUACGUUCGUCUAUUUUACAUGAGGUAUUUUCCAUAUAACGUCUACGCGGUAUUCACAGAAUACAUUAAAUUUCUUAUCAAAAUAUUUCUCUAAAAGAUUUAUAAAAAACAAAAUACAAAAAAAACUUAAAUCGAAAAAUAUCACAUUUUUGAUUCAUUUUUAACGAUGCGUUUUCAAUAUUUGCAUCGAACUUUGAUUGCCGAACAAUUAAGUAAAUAAAAUUAUAAACAAAAUUAUUAUUAUAAAAGAUUGCUAAUGGUCCUUUCAAUUUUUAAUUAACCCAUGAAAGAAUAACAACGAUUAAAAACUCAAAGAAGAAAAUCUAGUUUUAGUUUUACGCUCCGUAAAUUGGUUUAAUAUUAAAUAAAACAUCUAAUGAGAUGAGAUAAUAGGCCUGGAAAAGACCUAGAAAUACAUUGAAAAAAAUACUUAAACCCAGUCAAACUUAAACAGAGUAAAAUACAAAACACUUUUAGAUACAACGAAUUCUUUCAUAAAUCAAUCAAAAAAAACUACACUCAAAAAAAGUCUCUUCUUCAUACCCUACACACACGCAACACAGCCUAAUUGCAUUACAAUACAAACCUCAAAUACUCAACUCAGCAUCGACCAUCGACUUACCCCUCGCCGCCGCCUGCCGCCCAAUCACGUGAUGCACC